AUGGUUCUGAGCGCGUACAUGAUUUGCUACCACGCCGAUGUGGUCCUCGGUGGUUCGAACGCGAAGGAGGUACCGUGCGAAGAAACGUCGCUCAUUGAUUCAUCCAAGGCGUUGGUUAACGCGUUCGACGCGCUCGCACUCACGAUGUCGCGCUCGGGCACGUUCACAGCCACCAUCACGAACGCGUUCGAGCGCGCUUGGCACACGUGGACUGCAGAUUUCAAAAUUUGGAAAUCGAAAGACGCGUUUAGUUUGACCCAAGAGCUCAUACGAAUCGGUGUUGCGAUGGAGUCUUCGAUGAUUCGUGUGUGCGGCGCUCGCGGCGCGCUCGAUUCCACAGUCGAUCUCGGUGAAGAACGCAACGCGAUACGCUCCGCACAAUCGCACGAUCGCGCGCUUCUAAGAGAGAAAGUCUUCACGCUUUCGGGUAAAAGCGCAGUCGACGAGUUCGAUGCGAUGAUUACAAGAGUUCGAGCCGCGGGCUUAAGCGACGAAGAGUCAGCGAGGGCAAAGGAUACUCGCACGGAUCGGCUCGACGAACGUCGGCGUAAACGGGAAGCCACGAGCGCUCAAAUCGCCGCUGCGAUCGAAAAGGACAAAGAACGCGCUCGUCAGCAGAUGGCUGGUGAAGAAAACGUUGUUUCGAACUUUGUCGAAAUGCAAAAGGAUCAGAUUUUACACGAAUUAAUGCUGGACCCCGAGUGGAAGCUCAGAGCGCCACCAAAGUCACCCGUUGAGGACGAUCCCGUACGCGAGCAGGUCGUACAAAUCAUGAAGAAGGCGUUCUGGGACAUGGUGUACGAAUCACUUGUUCAUGAUACGAUCGACACAUCUAUCGUUCGCGCUCGAAUUUUCGAAUGGAAAGACGCCAUCAUCGACGACACUUUGAUUUUGGAUCGCCAGACGACGGAGAGCUUGGAACUGAUCCAAAAUUCACUCAGCCUCAUCGACGUCAACUAUCUUGAAGCGAGCAUCUUGCGCAUGGAAAGCACACCUACAGACACAUCAGAAGCUUUGCGAACCUCGCUCGAUCAUGGUUACACGGCUCUCAAUGCGCUCGCGAAUGGUUCCGUGAAGGACGAUCUUAGCGCUGCGUUUGACAAUCUGACGCGAGAACUCGAGACGGCGACGAACGCGGACAAAUUCACUUUAUCUCGAGCGAUUGCUGAUGCUUUGGCGUUCUUGUUUGAUUUUCGCGAGCGUAUACACCAAUCGAUGAGCCUUGAAGCAGCCAACGAGGCGAUUGAUGCACUCCGCGAGACGCUCGCGGUGAUGCCAGAUGGCAUCGAGUACGCGACAACGCGCUUCUUGCAUCGAUUUGAUGUGAAAGUCGGGGAGACCGAACUCGCACUUGCGUUUCCUCGCACGUGUGCUUGGCUUGAAAGCGUCGUCGAAGAGCUUCCGACGCUCGAUGCGACAUUUGCACCUCUUCUCGAUUCUCUCAAUGUCGACCGCUGGCGAGGCGUGCGUCUGAGGAGCGGUUUCGAGACUCGAGCCGAGGGCGCGCAAAAGACUUCUUCGGAAGUAAUCAGUUCAACUUUACAUCCGACCCGGGUCAUGUCUGUGAAUGGUGUUUGUCGUGUCGCCUUUGCACGAUUGGUUACCAAUCCCAACGCCAUGAUUCAAGACUUUAUCCCGGAAACGCUUGAAAACGACGUGCAACGCAUCGAUUACUUUUGCCGUGAGUUUCAGAACAUUCAAACGCUUGCCGCUUGUUUGAUGCUCUCCACGCAACUCUGUCGCUUAGAGGUUUUCGUGGAUGUGGACGCGCUCAUCGAUCGAGUCGCGGUUCUGCUCUCUUCGGAACGAGACCUACCGGCGAUGUCUCGCGUCGCCGAGGUCCUCUCCGCGACGCUCCCGACGUCCGACGGCGCCCAAACCAUCACCAACAUGCUUCGCAAGCUCACGGGUUCCGACGAUUGCGCCAAUCCGAUGUCUGUCGCCAUCAUCAAGGCCAUACGAUCCGCGCUCACGAUUCGUCUCCUUCACGGCUUCGAAGGCGAAGCCGUUGAUAGGGCGUGCGACGCCCGGCUCGCCGCAGUCUUCGCGUCGCGUCUCCGUCCUCGCGUCGACGCCAUCGCUCGCGACGCCGCGCGAGUGAUCAAUCUACACGCCACAGUGCGCGCGCCCGUGGUUUCGGCCUUAGUGAACGACUUGCUCGCCAGAGAUGAUGAAAUUUAA